CUAGCUAUACCCUUCACAAAAUCAUCACAGGCUAGACACUUGCAUCUGCCGAAGAUUGAUCAGUAGCUACUCAAACCAAUCUAGCCUCGCCCGAACACGAGCAUUUCCGGAGUUUCUGUCUCCCCUUGGCAGCUAGGCAUCUAACAACCCAGCAGUAGCAAUGAAGCAAAAGAUUGUCAUCCAGUUGAGCAUGUCGUGCGACAAAAGCCGGUCGAAAGCACUGACGCUGGCCGCCAAAGCAGCCGGGGUGACGUCCAUGGGGAUAACUGGAGACGCCAGGGACCAGCUGGAGGUGGUCGGCGACGGCGUCGACCCGGUGUGCCUUGUCAGCUGCCUCCGCAAGAAGCUUGGCCACGCCCAAAUCGUCAAGGUGGAGGAAGUGAAGAAGCCGGAGGAGAAGAAGAAGGAUGAGCCGAAGCCGGCAGUACCCGUGCACCCGCCGCCGUACUACUUCUACCCGCCCAGCUCCUACUACCACCACCAGUACCCGCUAUACUUCUGACCAUGUAACUGCCCGAGAGCGAUUUUGAAGUACUCUAAUUUUGUCAACAACUACAAAUAUACAUAGGCGUGUUUAUUAAUUCA